UGGUUGGAGAAACUUCAUUAACAAAUAUGGCGUAAACUAGGCUUGGUUUAUAAAAAAACAUUAUAUUAUUUCUGCACAGUCUAUUUUUCAGUGUGACCCAAAAAUAUAACAUUUGGUUUGAAUAAAAAAAGUGCUUAUGAAAGCUUUAAGUGUCCGUUUUGUGUUCUAGCCAAGUAGUGCUAUAAUAAACGUUCUAUAAGGAUCAUAACAAAUGUUUAAAUGGACGCAUCGUCCAUUAUUGCCCAGGUGUCUAGAGAAGACGAACAGCUAAACAGUUAUCCUCCAGAAAAAGGGACUCAACCACUAAAUGAAAAUGUCCAAUCGUCCGAUUUUCAAUCUCCACAACCACAGAAGAAAAGCACAAGGGGCUUUUUGCGAUCCUUGCUUUGUUGCCUCGGAAGGAGAAAAAGCAAAAAUGAAAGUACGGAGCAGUGCGUCGACGGUUCCCAGUUUACUCCUAGCGACCGGGUGUCCUUCCUAUUACCGCCUGCCAGACACCAGGAUAUGCAAAAGAAGUGUAUGGUGAUUGAUUUGGAUGAAACGUUGGUUCAUAGCAGCUUUAAACCUAUUAACAAUGCGGAUUUCAUCGUACCAGUGGAGAUCGACGGCACCGUGCACCAGGUGUACGUGUUGAAGAGGCCGCACGUGGACGAGUUCCUCAAACGAAUGGGCGAGCUCUACGAGUGCGUCCUGUUCACGGCCUCCCUGGCCAAGUACGCCGACCCGGUGGCGGACCUGUUGGACCAGUGGGGCGUUUUUAGGGCCCGGCUGUUCCGCGAGAGCUGCGUGUAUUAUAGAGGCAACUACGUGAAAGAUUUGAACAAGCUGGGCAGGGAUCUGCAGCAGAUAGUUAUCGUCGACAAUUCGCCGGCAUCCUAUAUAUUCCAUCCAGAUAAUGCUGUGCCAGUAGCGUCGUGGUUUGAUGACAUGCAUGAUAAUGAAUUGUUAGACUUGAUUCCAUUCUUUGAAAAACUAGCUAAAAUGGACAAUGUAUAUACAGUGUUGUGCAACUCGAACCGCCCCUACAAUAAUUCUAGUGUACUCCAGAUCAACGGCCCGAACAGCACGACCACCAUCAACACGCAACAAAACAAACAGAUAUCCCCGACCACCACGUAGCAGAUGGCUUGCUUUAUGAUGAGUUUGUGUCAUAUAUUUACCAGGUUUGAUUGCAGAUUUACCACUUUUCGAUCGACGUGUUGAUCGAGGCAAUUUUUUUUUGACAAAAUUGCUAUUGUACUAAUUUAAUUUUCGAUGAAAUUUUACCGAGUUGACUUAGUGAGAUGCCAGAAAUUAUAUUAAUCAGGUUUAAGAAUAGACAUUGAACAGUAUAUUUUUACAGAAAAAAAAAUGAUAAUAUUGAACUAUUUAGAAGCGUUUUAGCGAAUAUUUUCGUAUUUUGGGAAUGAAUACUAAAUAUCUAAGGAACUAAGCGGUUCCUCGUCAGAUAAGUUGGGCCAAGCGGCCACUACUUACUAGGAUAUUUGAAAAGAAAUUGCUCAUAGUAUUUUUUAAAUGUGAUGUCGUGUUUAUACCAAGAUUGGAUACCGAAAAAUGGCCGUUUAGAGCUAAGAAAAACAAAUACGUAUAGCCGCGUACAGAUUUGAGCGCGGAUGUUUUGAGCACGCAUGUCUAUAUGUGCGUUUUCAAGUACUUUGUGUUCACCUCAUGCGAAGAAAAGUACAGACAAUAUACAAAUACUUAUAUAUGGAUGAGAGUCAAGUCAAGCAUUAUUGACAUAAUAAUAGAGAAACUGUCCAAAGAUCAAAGAUCUGAUGAACCAUAUGCAACUAGAGCUGAAUACAGGUUAUUUUCAAAAAUUUCUAUGUAAGUGUUCUACAGAUUUUGAACUACUUUUAAAUGCGAUUGGUUCUGAAAUUCGGAAUAUACAAAAAGGAUACAACAAAAAUGUUCAUAUUGGUCAUAUUAAAUUCUUAUAUCUAAUUAUUUAAAUAAUAUUGAUGUGUGAUUAUUUAUAAAUGAAACGUCCUUACUACAAAAUACAUGUGUACGUUUAUCGACCCAGCACAUGUGUGCUCAAGUCUGUACUCGGCUUAUGAUGCUUAAACUUCAUCGGUAAGUGUGACCUAUAUGUCUCGAUGUUCACUCCUAAAUAAUUGUCUUAGAAAAUAACUUUUGAUUCAAGGGUCAUCCACUACAUUAUCAUAUUUCAUUCUUUGUAUAAAGGAGAGAGAAAAAAGAUAAUUACAUGCUUUAAUAGGCCAUCACUAUUUGGAAGUUUUUUUUUAAUUUAAAAUUUUGGAUUUUAUUGCAUAGAGUGCAAUAUAUUGGUAGAAAUGAUUUACCCAAAAAUUCUGAACCAAAAUGAUCGUGGAACAUAUUUCAUAGAUUCUGUCGGUCAGACAUAUCGUUACCAACAAUUUUAAAAUAUACAAGGUGUGUCAAAAAAGUUCUCGACAUGUAAUUUUUUGUAUUGCUGUGAUGAAAAAAAAGUUAUACGGUAUUUCUUUAGUAUUCCUAAUAACGAAAAAAAAAUCAUUCUGACAUGUGUCAAGCUACAACUGACAUGGCGGCAAAUCCUUUUUACAUUUACAAAAAAAUGGGGUUAGGUAACAAACUAUUUACAGUUUCAAGCUGGAUUUAUAAACUCGGAAAUUGGCGUUCAGUUGAGGUUCAGUUGCAGUUGGAUGUUCGCGACAGUUGAGGUUCAAUAUUUUUGCAUUUAUAAACUGUCAGUUUCGGUUGUAGGUUAGGUUUGGAAUUGUGAAAAUUUUGAACGUUUUUCUUUCGAUUUUACUUUUGGUAUUUGCCAAAGUUCAAAUACAGUAAUCCACGAUUACGCAAAAUAUAAACAUUACAUUAACAGAAAUAAUGAAAUAACAAUAAGGGUCAUUUUCCAAUGCAUCGGCGUACUGUGCUUCACGUGAUCGACAGGCGCUUAUUCAUUGGCUGUCGCCGAACGUCGCCAGCGGUCGCCAACUGCCCGCAACUGCCGACAUAAACAUUGACCAUCUUUGAACUCCGCUGAACGUAAAACGAACUGCCAACUUCUCGACCAACUGACUUUAUAAAUGCGCGCGUUCAUUUCAUAGUGUUGAACAUUUUGAACGGCAACUGAACCUCAACUCCCGAGUUUAUAAAUCCAGCUUUAUAAACUAUACAGAAUUAAAUUUUACGUCUAUGUGCCAAGUUUCAUACGGGUGCUGGGUGGGAUAUUAAUAAUUAUUCAUGUAUCACAUUUUUCCAAUUUUCUGAGUAGAAAUUUGAAAAUAUAUACUUAAAUAUCAAUAUUAGCUAACUACAAGCUAUUCUUCUCGAAAUAUUAGGUAUAACCUUAAAAGCACAUAGCAUCCUAAACGAGGGUUGCCAACUUUCAAAAUAAAAAAUAGAGGACGAGAGGGUAAAAAACAGGCACAGGCGAAACAUAUUUUGAAAUCUCGCCCAAAUGUCUAAAAUUUACUAAAAAGUUAUGUAAACGGUAUGCGAUUGAUGGUCUUUCUUACUUUUUUAAAACAGGACAGUGAGAUCAAAAAGAGGAUUGUCCUCUAGGAUAGAGGACGGUCGGACGCCCUAUCCUAAACACUAGCGGAUAAAGUGCCGUUCUACUCCAGUGUCCUAAAAUAUUCAAGAAUUUGUAUCAAAGCCUUGGAUGGAAGAUAAAAAAAAAGAAAAUCACAAAAAAAGUUGAAAUCGAUCAAUACUUAGUUACGGCGAACGCUUCUAGCAUUGUGAUCCUCUUCACAACCUUUAACACAGAUAAAAACAUAAUAUCUAUUCUUAUCAGCUUAAUAUCGCUACUGCUAUUGAUCAGAAUUAAUAGGAAAGUAUAAAUAAAACUAUUAACACAGAUCUAUAACUAACAGAUUUUCAAAAUUUCAUUGUUACCGCCAUCGACAUGCGCAGACGCGAGCAAAAGACUGGAAUCUGUCUUCUUUUUCGCACUUAUUUAAUAACUAACCUCAUAUUUGUUUAAAAACAUUUUUUAAUUAUCAACGGUGAAGUGAUCUCAAAUAUUUAGCCGAUUAUCGACAGUUAAAACGUUGAAACAAUAUUUAAAAGAAUAUAUUAAUAUCAAAUUUUCACCAAUAACUUCAAUAUUAGCGACAUAGAUACUUAAAUCGUACCUUCACCGUCAACAAUAAAAAAAUACAUUUUUAUGAACUUUUUGGCACACCCUGUGUAUAUAUAUAUAUAUGGAUUUACAAUUCUUCUAAUACUAAUAAUCCUAAUUAUUACACAUAAUUUUUUCUCUUUCUACUCUGUAGAACUGAAAAAUAUUUUUUUCUUAACCAAGCUCAAAUAAACGACAAAAACCUAUAUAUGAUAUGUGUGAUAGGGACGGAUCUCGUGAAAUAAACCUCAAAAGAAGAAAUAAUAAUACUACAAGGCAAACAUUGGUAAAUUAGGAUCACCUUUUAAACAAUCAUAUCUCUUCAGGGGAUUAUGCGGUACGUAGGAACACAAGUUCCAAAUAUUUCUAACAGUGGCCUUAACAUAAUAUCUGAAGUAAUUUUUUUGAACAUUUAAUAUUGCAAUUUAUACUGUAGAUGAAGUGUAAUAAGAGAAUAAUGAAGUAGCAAUUAGAUUGGGUUAAAAAUUUCUAAGUACAUACAUCACAGCUUCUUAUUAUUUUUAACCGCCUUUUUUAUAUAUUUUAUAGAUUUUAAAAACCUAUUAUUUGUUUAGUACAAAUGUUUUGUCUUAAAUCUUUAUUAUUGUAUUAGCAUAAAAGAGUUUUUUUAUAGUAACAUCGGACUAUGAUAAUUAAAAAAGAUCUACGAUAUUUUUAUCGGUGGUCUAUAUAACUUUUAUAUAAAUUUUCUAUUAUACAGGGUAUUUUAAAUUGCAUGGAUCAUAAUUUACUGGCGUAAGUAGUAGAUAAUGAGAAAUUAAAUAUGUGUAUAUGUUUGGGUUUACAUUUCCUUUUAUUUUCGUUCAUGAUGUUUCAAAUGUCAAACUAUCUGGAAUCGUUAUGAAAUGAACAACUGAACUAAAACACUUGAAGAUGGUUGUUGGAAAUAUGACACAAAAUAGGAGCAAUGCAAACCCAAACAUAUAUGUUAUUUUCAAAGAGAGUUACAUCUUAGUAAUUUGAUAUGUAAUGUUCUUUAAGGGAUGCAGUUUUAAUGAGUAAGACAAAAAUAAAGAUACCUAAGCAACAUUA